AUGGCCGAAGACUAUUGGCAUGCCGGUAGCAGAUUUAUGGUGCCCUUGUCGUCGUUGUUGUUGCUGUUGUUGUUAUCGGUAUGCGCCAGUGCUCAGAGAACGCUGUUGUCGUCCGGAUGUGACAAGACGUUUGUGAGCAACGAUGGUCCGCAAAAUGGCACGUUCCGGGCUCCGGAGUUCACCAACAUCUACGGCGAGUCCAAAGUGUGUGUGUAUACUUUCGUGGCCGCCUCGCACCAGAAGGUCUUCGUCUCGUUCACCGCGUUCAAGCUCCGAAGCACACCUCCAGAAUGCGUGCACGAAUACGUGGACGUUUACUCGGAGGUUCAACAAGUCGAUACGGAGGAUUUGAUCAACUCGCCGUUUGGAGGUAGAUACUGUGGCCUAAUACCACCGAGGGACCGGACGUCGUUGUACAGAACGGUAGCGUUUAGCUUCUACACGGACAAGAAUACGACCUCGUCAUCGUUGUUCGAGGGCUAUUAUUCGUUCAGCAACGACUCCGCAUUCCAACUGGGAACGCCGUCGCCGAUCAGCCCGUGUUCGUUCGUCGUGAAUUCUAAUGUGAAAAAAAUAGGCACCAUACUCACGCCGACGUACCCGGGUAUAUAUCCCAAAGGAAUGAAAUGUACAUACUUAUUUCACGGACAAGCCAACCAGAGGGUGCGGUUAGAAUUCCGAGACUUUGACCUAUUUUACGGAGGCCCGCACUGUCCUUUUGACAUCGUAAGCAUUUAUGACGGAUCAAAUACUACAAGCCCUUUGAUUGGCCAGUACUGCGGUCAACAACGAAAUUUAGUGGUCUACUCUACUAAAAAUUAUUUAUACGUAACUUUCGACACACUUCAUAGGGCCGCAAACACACAGAACCGCGGUUUCAAAGGCAUGUUUGAAUUUAGUGAAAGUUUUGUCAAACUCGAUUUUAUCGGUAUAAACGACGGAGAACACGUUCGAGGCACCGAAUGCGAUCAAAAAGUGUUAAGUAAACGAACCUCGACGGGAUUCAUAUAUAGUCCUAACUAUCCGUUUCCUUACAUCCCAAAAAUCGUGUGCCGGUAUUUCGUUUACGGUCUCGAAGGUGCACAGGAUUUGGAAAGAGUUAAACUAGAAUUCCAAAAAUUCAACAUACCCAAAGCACAUCUCAACGAACAGGAAUGCACGGACGGUUACCUAAAAUUAUACUUGAGAGGUCAAGAAGCCAUGGACCUCUAUGACAAGUUUGACUACGAAAUGUGUGGUGACGAGGCCGACGAAAAGGUAGUGACGAGUGAAGGCGCUAGACUAGCAAUGGUUUUCAGUAGUGGCGAACUACACGGUCGAGGAUUUAAAGCAAAAUAUACGUUUGAAACUGAAUAUCUUAUACCCGGAACGGCUGCACCGAACGGUACGUGUCAUUUUACUUACCGUAGCGAGUCCAAGAAGCGAGGAGAUUUCAACUCGCCCAGACAUCCGGCCAACUAUCCCAACGGUCUUAACUGUACGUUUCUAUUCUUGGCUACGCCCAACGAACAGGUCACCGUGAUAUUCGAUCAGUUCAAAAUCAAAGUUGACGUAGCCAACAUUUCAUUAGUACAAUUUGGGGUGUUUGUUUGUAAGCAAGACUGGCUCGAAAUAUAUAACAUUUACAAAGAUGGCACGGAGAAAAUCGUCGGUAGAUAUUGUGGUAUGACAGCCCCUGGACCGCUGGAAUCGAACCGGGGAGCGAUCGGCCUAAAGGUGCUACUACACACGAACUCGGAAGGUGUCUCUAGUGGCUUUAAGGCCAGAUAUUUUUUCGACGAUGCCAAGCCGAUAUUUGGUGACUGCGGUAGUAAUAUCAGUAAUGCAGAUUCUGGAAAGGUGCAGAGUCCGAAUUUCCCGCUCAAAUAUACUGCACCGGAAAAAGGAAUGCCGAGCAGAACGUGCAAUUGGUUUAUAAAUGUCAGGCCCAAUUACAAAAUACUGCUCAACUUUGUCUCGUUCUCGGUGGAAGGAGAGCCAGCAACUAGAGGUUGUGCGACGGCAGUCGUCAGACUUUGGCCUACCGUAGGAGAACCGCCGUUGGAGUUGUGCGGUGAAAAGCCCAUAGAGUCGUGGCAAUUUAUAUCCGAUUCCAAUCAGUUCAGGAUAAGUUUUGUCGUGGCCGACAAAUCGGGUAACGGCACCGGGUUCGCCGCGACUUGGACCGAAGUAUUGGAAAAUUCCGACUCGUGUCCGGGGUUUCAAUGCGAAAACUCGAGUUACUGCAUAUCCAAUCAGCUGAGGUGCAACAACGUGAUGAAUUGCGGGUUCAACGACGUGUCGGACGAGAUCAACUGUGCGAUGGAACCGGAGGCCAUGGACAACGUGGUGCUGUCGGCGGUGCUGACCAUGUGCACAGUUCUGGCGCUCAUGCUGGCCGGGUGCCUGUGCUGCCGUCGGCGGUCGGGCUCCGGGCGCCGCGAUCGGUUCCGGCGGGGCGUCGGUGGCGGCGCGGGCGUCGUGGGCGGCGGAUACAACCGGCACCGGCGGCACCACCAACACCACCAUCAACACCAUCACGAGCCCCGGCCGCCGUCGCUCCGGUCGCUCAGCCCCACGCCGUCGUCCGGCCAGCACGUGUGCGACGAACUGGGCGAGCGGUUCGCCAGCGUGGACAGCGUGUGA